AUGGGGUUUCCCUUUUUUGGAGAGGCAUUUGGUUUUUUUUCCCCUCAUAAAUCAUUCUCCAUUGGUAACUUCUUGCAACAACGUUGCUCUAGAUAUGGAAAAGUGUUCAAAUCCUAUAUUUUUGGGUCUCCAACUAUAAUUUCGUGUGACUUAGAGCUCAACAAAUUUGUCCUUCAAAAAGAAGGCAAAUUGUUCCAAAGCAGCUACCCAAAGCCAAUUAGAGACAUUCUUGGUAAGCACUCUUUGAUGAUUGUCACUGAUGUUGAACGUCACAAAAAGUUGCGACGCAUUGAAGUUGGCCUCAUCAACAAAUUCAGUUCCACAUUGAAUUUUCUUGGUGACAUUGAUAAACUGUGUAUCUCAUUAAUGGAAUCGUGGAGAGGAAAUCAACUUAUUCUCUUCUCAAAACAAGCUAAACAGUUUAGCUUUAAUUUGAUGUUAAUGAAUUUGUUGGACAUGCAACCGGGAGAGCCACUUGGUUUGCAGUUAUUAGAAGAUUUCCUCACAUUUAUGAAAGGGUUUGUCUCCAUUCCAAUUAACCUUCCGUGGACACCCUAUGCCAAGGCGGUCAAGGCUCGUACGAGGAUUUCAUCCACGCUGAAACAAAUACUAAAUGAAUGGAAAAAUAGAAAAGACGUGCAAGUACAAAAUGGGCAACAAAAAGGAGACCCUUUUGAUGAGAUUUUAGUGAAAGAAGACUUAAUUAGUGAUGUGGAGAAAGUAAGCAUUUUACUUGACCUUUUGUUAGCAGGUUAUGAAACAACCUCAGGACUUUUGUCCCUACUCGUCUAUUUUCUUGCCCAAUCACCACAAGCUCUUCAAACUUUGAAGGAUGAACACCUCGCAAUAAGGAAAAAGAAAAAGGAGGGGGAACCCCUAAAUUGGGAAGAUUAUAAGCAAAUGGAAUUCACCACUAUGGUUAUAAAUGAGACUCUACGUUGUGGCAACUUGGUUAAGUUUGUUCAUAGGGAAGCUAUCAAGGAUGUAAAAUUCAAAGGAUAUCAUAUUCCAGCGGGCUGGAAAGUGCUUCCUAUUUUAUCUGCAGUACAUCUUGAACCAUCGCUGCAUGAAAAUCCAUCGGAGUUUAACCCUUGGAGAUGGACAGUAAGUUUUCCUCAUUUUGUUCCCAUGAAAAUUUUCCUAAACCAACUUUGA